UGCCAAUCGGCACCAGAGGGCAGCAGCAGCUCUAAUAACACUCAUAGCGCUGCAGUGAAGAAGCUUGCAUGCACGGUUGGAUAAUCAACAUUGUAAUGACGCACUUAUCGCUGUAUCAUAUCUAGAGUUUACUGUCAGAUUGUGAAGUUAUGGCACAUUCAGCACAUGUAUCAGCGGUUCGGUCGUUGUAUAAGAGAAUCCUGUUACUGCACCGCUUCCUGCCCAUAGACCUGCGGGCUCUGGGUGAUCAGUAUGUGAAAGAUGAAUUCAGAAGAAACAAGACUGCAUCAGGGAAAGAGGAGGUCACACGCUUCAUGACAGAAUGGCAGAACUACAAAGAUACCCUACAGACACAGGUGCUGGAAGCGAUGGAAAGCAAGAAGUUGGUAUUUGGCGCUGAUUUACCGGAAGAGAAACUCAAAGACUUUCAAGAUGAGCAGAUUGGGCAGCUUUAUGAGCUUAUGCUUGAGUCCUCAAAACCCAACCGGCAGUUUAAUAUUCAAGAGGAGGGAACUCCAAAGUAACACCCCCUGAAGGGGAAGCCGGCCCGACGGGACAUAGUUUGACUUAUAAAAUACUUGUUCAUAGCCAAGACUGAUGAUUACAUUAAAAUGCUACAAAGAGUC